AUGUAUCCCAAACUGAAAGAUGACCUCAGAGAUGACCUCUCCUUCCAGGCCAGUUUGGAUGUCAGAGUAGACCCAGGAGGAGCCUUCUUGUCCAGGGGUACUUGCAAGGACCAGGAGAGAAGGGGGCCUCCCUGGGGAGCUGUGAGGGGCAGCAGGCACCCCCUCUGCAGGGGUUGGCGGGGAACCACUACAGAAACCCAGGGCCCUCCUGCCCCACCUCCUCCAGAGGAGGCGCCUCUGGUUUAUUCAUCUCUCCUCUGCUUUCCAGCUCAGGUGGGACUGUCCUACCUGGGUCCAGAGCCUCUCCACCCACUGGUCUGUGGCUCUGCCCCUGUCUCCUCUUUCACAUCAAGAUCCCCAGGAAGUGUGUUCACCUGCACCUGCUGUGGGCGGAGCAAGACAAGCAUCCGGAAAGGAUGGAGUGAAGGGACGCUCCUGGCUGCUCUGUUGCUCCCUUUAGCGGAUUUAGCGGCUCAGGAGAGGGGAGACGGCCCGCGGAAGCAGAGGAAACCACGCCUCCUUCGUGGCUCGCUUAAGGCAGCACCUGGAGCGGUUUCAUCGUUUACAGAGUCCUGGCAACAAGCUCCAGGAGCUCGCGGCGGGUCGCUCCGGAACUCCUCACUCACCCUGAAUACCGCGCAGAAGUUACCAUGGUGGAUCGCUGGUUGUUUAUCUGCCCAGACAUUCUGUAUGCAGUUGGAAGGAUAUGUAGCAAUUCAUGUAAAGAGCCGCAAAGGAGACCAUCAGCCUGCAUGGACCACUCUGCAGCUUGCCUCUGCACGUCACAAUCUAUCCUGGAGACCUUCCCACAUCUGCAUAAAGAUUGGCGUCCUUCUCUGAAAUGACUGUGCACUGUUUCAUUGCAUGCAUGCUAUUUAUUUAUUUUUUAGCUCACUCUGAUGAAGAAUAUAUGUGUUAUGUCUUGGCUUCUGCUAUCACAGACAAUGCCACAAGCAACAUAUUCAUUCAGGUAUCUCAGUGUGCAUCUACAAGCAUAACCAAUAGAUAAAUUCAUCCUUUUCGGCACAGUGUUGGUUAUCUUCCAGCAAUUUUUCUUGACAGCCAGAAACAAGAAAGUCUGAUUCUCUCUGCACCUUUCUAAUAUCUACCAAUGUCACAGGAGAAAAUGAUUCUUUUUGUUUGUUCAGUUCCUCAAAGAUAUUAAUUGAGCACUUACUAUAUGCCAAGGGCUUUGUGUUAGGUUAGGGAAGGGAACUUUUUGUGGGGAAAGUCUUAAUGAAAUCAGCACAUAAAUAAAAGUGAGUUACAGCUGUUAUUUGUGGAGUGAAUAUAUGGUAACAGACUGUAUAAGAGGGAGCUGAUCUAAUUAGGAGUUGGGCUGGGGGUCUGGACCAGCUUCCUUCAGAAGGGGACAGUUGAGUUGCAAUCUGAAGAGUGAGCAGGAGCUCAUUAGGCGAAGGUGGGAAGGAGGAGGUGAGAGGGAAGGGACUUUGCAGGGAGAGGGGACAUACUGUGGGUAAAAGCCCUCAAAACCAGGUGGAGGGGGAAGGUAGAAAGGAGUAGGGAGGUUAAAGGCCAGAACACAUGGGACCCACCAAGGUCACAGAUCCUUUCCUAAGGGGAGUGGUUUACACAAGGGAGAGACAUCCUCAAACUUGUGUUUUGGAAAGAUCAUCGUGCUUGUUUAUGGAGGGAAAGAAGAGUGGAAGACAAUCUUUGUUGCUAUAAUUUGCAUUUAAAUUUGAUUGAGGCUGCUUUUUAAAAAAUUUUAUUUAUUUACUUGAAAGUCAUAGAUACACAGAGGAAGA